GUGACGCACGGCCUUAGCAGCCUAAAGUCUUCAAGAACAAAAUUAAUAACUAAAAGACUAAUUUCAGUGAUGACUUUUUAUUCCCAUUGAGCUUAUUCCGUAACAAAGUACUCUCAAGACGAGCACCUUUCCUUUCCGGUGGGCUUGUUGCCGUGGUAACCAGCACGCACAACCAACUUGGCGAUUAUGGCCGGGCUGAGCGGCGCGCAGAUCCCCGAUGGAGAGUUCACUGCCGUCGUGUACCGGCUCAUCCGAGAUUCGCGCUACGCUGAGGCGGUGCAGCUGCUGGGCGAUGAGCUCCAGCGGAGCCCGAGGAGCCGCGCCGGCCUGUCGCUGCUGGGCUACUGCUACUACCGCCUGCAGGAGUUCACGCUGGCGGCCGAGUGCUAUGAGCAGCUGGGCCAGCUGCACCCGGAACUGGAGCAGUACCGCCUGUAUCAGGCGCAGGCCCUGUACAAGGCCUGCCUUUAUCCAGAGGCCACCCGGGUCGCCUUCCUCCUGCUGGACAACCCCGCCUACCACAACCGGGUCCUCCGUCUGCAAGCCGCGAUCAAGUACAGCGAGGGCGACCUGCCCGGGGCUAAGAGCCUGGUGGAGCAGCUACUGGGCGGGGAAGGGGGAGAGGACAGUGGGGGUGAGAACGAGCCCGAUGGUCAAGUCAACCUGGGCUGUUUGCUCUACAAGGAGGGGCAGUAUGAGGCCGCGUGUUCCAAGUUCUUUGCGGCCCUCCAGGCUUCGGGCUACCGGCCUGACCUUUCCUACAACCUGGCUUUGGCCUAUUACAGUAGCCGGCACUAUGCCCCGGCGCUGAAGCACAUCGGCGACAUUAUUGAACGUGGCAUCCGCCAGCACCCAGAGCUAGGUGUGGGCAUGACCACUGAGGGCAUUGAUGUUCGAAGUGUUGGCAACACCUUAGUCCUUCACCAGACUGCCCUGGUGGAAGCCUUCAACCUCAAGGCAGCCAUAGAAUACCAACUGAGAAACUAUGACGUAGCCCAGGAAACCCUCACUGACAUGCCACCUAGGGCAGAAGAAGAGUUGGACCCCGUGACCCUGCACAACCAGGCGCUAAUGAACAUGGAUGCCAGGCCUACAGAAGGGUUUGAAAAGCUACAGUUUUUGCUCCAGCAGAACCCCUUUCCCCCGGAGACCUUUGGCAACCUGCUGCUGCUCUACUGUAAGUAUGAGUAUUUUGACCUGGCAGCAGAUGUCCUGGCCGAGAAUGCCCAUUUCACUUACAAGUUCCUCACACCCUAUCUCUAUGACUUCUUGGAUGCCAUGAUCACUUGCCAGACAGCCCCUGAAGAGGCUUUCAUUAAGCUUGAUGGGCUAGCAGGGAUGCUGACUGAACAGCUCCGGAGAGUCACUAAACAAGUACAGGAAGCAAGACACAACAGAGAUGAUGAAGCUGUCAAAAAGGCAGUGAAUGAGUAUGACGACACUCUGGAGAAGUAUAUUCCUGUGUUGAUGGCCCAGGCCAAAAUCUACUGGAACCUCGAGAAUUAUCCAAUGGUGGAAAAGAUCUUCCGCAAAUCUGUGGAGUUCUGUAAUGACCAUGACGUGUGGAAGCUGAACGUGGCUCAUGUGCUGUUCAUGCAGGAAAAUAAAUACAAAGAAGCUAUAGGGUUCUAUGAACCCAUAGUCAAGAAGCAUUACGACAACAUCCUGAAUGUCAGUGCUAUUGUGCUGGCUAACCUGUGUGUUUCAUAUAUUAUGACAAGUCAGAAUGAAGAAGCUGAGGAGUUGAUGAGGAAGAUUGAAAAGGAGGAAGAGCAGCUGUCCUAUGAUGACCCCGAUAAGAAAAUCUACCACCUCUGCAUUGUGAAUUUGGUGAUCGGCACACUUUAUUGUGCCAAGGGAAAUUAUGACUUUGGGAUUUCUCGGGUUAUCAAAAGCCUGGAACCUUAUCAUAAGAAACUGGGCACGGACACCUGGUAUUACGCCAAAAGAUGCUUCCUGUCUUUAUUAGAAAACAUGUCAAAACACAUGAUUGUGCUUCGUGACAGUGUUAUUCAAGAAUGUCUCCAGUUUCUAGAACAAUGUGAAGUUUAUGGUAGGAACAUCCCUGCUAUUAUUGAACAACCUCUGGAAGAAGAAAGAAUGCAUACUGGAAAGAAUACAGUCACAUAUGAAUCCAGACAGUUAAAAGCUUUGAUUUAUGAGAUUAUAGGAUGGAAUAUAUAAUGAUGUCAUAAUGGAAUGUAUAAAAAUGGUGCUGUUAUUCUGUUAUCUAUAUUUCAUCCUGUAUUUUGCUUGUAUCCAUCCUUUGACAUCUUUACAUUUGGUACAUGAGCCUUGUUCACUUUAUAAUUAAAAUAGUUUAGAUGUAACUUUUGAGAAACCUCACAAAAUGAAAUAUAAUCAAAAGAACAUGUACCAUAAAAGGGUUUAUGAAAAAAUUCAGAAAUGAAUGAGGAAGUUGUGUCAAAUACUAUUUGUAAUACCUAUGUUCUCAUUUGUAUUUUGUGCUUUGCUUUAACCUAAGUGAACCCUGCAUCCUAAGAUUACAUCAUCCAGAAACUAGGCACUAUCAACUCCAGAACUCAGAUAAUUCAUAGGUGAUCUGCACAUUAAUAAGUAUUUCAAGAAUUACAUGCUCUACUCUUAGCAGCUUACCCUUAUAACUACAUUAAUUUGUAAUGCAUUCAUUUUGGAUAGAGUUAUAUGUUUGGGCAGAGUUUUCCAGUGGUUGUAAUGCUUUCACAAAAAUUCCUUAUGUUCUAGAUGUUGUUGCGAUUGUUUUUAAAUUGCAGGGCUCAUGGGAAAUCUUGUGCCAUAACAAAAUUAGGAUACUAUGGUGUGGAUACAAUAAACAAUUGACAAAUUUCUGUGA